AUGUUCCGAACGUUCGCCGGCGUUGCUCUACUACUGAUUAUUGUGUUGUCGACAACAGUUGUGUUGAAGUGUUUGGCCACUCGUGGUCAUGUUUUAGAUGGUGGCCAAACACUUCAACAGGAACUCGCUUCUGAAUUUGCUCAAGCGUUUGCAAAAUAUUCCGAAAUCAAUGAACAGGCAGCAGCAUCAUCACAACAGGGCGGCCGACAUCAAUGGAAUAGUGUGGAAAGAAUUCAAUCGUCCCCUUCUUCCUCCGAUUCAUCAUCACUCUCGAAUCAUUUUGUUUUAAAAACACGAAUGGAGAAUGAUGAUCUUGUCAACUCGAUUGCUCACAAGUACGGUUUAAAACGUGUGCGUAAAAUUCCUUCUUCGGACGGCAGUGUCAAUUAUAUUUUGCGUGGUGUUGGUGUGAUGGACGAGUCGUAUGGUGAUCUCUCCAAUGUGGAUACUGUUCGGGCCAUGAGUGGCACAAGUGCUCUGCUCACCACACAAACUCUUCAGAAUAUGGUCAAGAAAAAUUCGGACACAGUGCUCGAGUUUUAUAGAGCCAAAAAGCAAAACUUUUCAAAACGAUAG